CCCGAAUACAUGGCAAUCAAUGACGAUGCCAUAGCUUGUGUGAGGAGAAUUUUUAACGUUCCAAAUAACUACAAGGUCAUGUUUAUGGCUGGAGGGGGGACUGGUCAGUUUGCGGCAGUGCCUUUGAAUCUGUCAGCCGAAGGCAAAUCAGCCGACUACUGUGUCUCGGGAACCUGGUCCGAAAAAGCUUUUAAGGAGGCAAAGAAAUUCGGCAACUCAAACUGUGUAUUUUCUGUGAACAAGUUUACGACUAUUCCUGGCGAAAGUACGUGGAGCCGAGACAAGGAUGCGAGCUAUCUGUAUUAUUGCGACAACGAGACCAUCCACGGAGUCGAGUUUCCAUUCAUUCCGAGUAACGAAGGAGACUUUGCUAACGUCCCGGUUGUGGCUGACAUGAGUUCGAAUCUGGGAACUCGGAUUUUUGACGUGAACAGAUUUGGAGUAAUUUACGCAACUGUGCAGAAAAAUCUCGGACCAGCUGGAUGUACAAUUGUUAUUGCUCGUGAGGAUCUGCUGGGGAGGCCGAGGUCAUUCUGUCCCUCAGUUUUGGACUAUUCUCAGACAUCUAAAGCCAAUUCGCUAAUGAAUACUCCAGUUACUUACAGUGUGUACAUGACUAAACUAGUGAUGGAAUGGAUUGAGGACAAUGGCGGGCUCUCUCAGAUGGAAAAUGAUUCGAAAGCGAAGUCACAGUUGCUCUAUGACGUCAUAGACAGCUCGGAUGGUUUCUAUUCGUCAGUUGUCGACAAGAUGUUCAGAUCUCGUGUCAAUGUCGUCUUCAGAUUGAAAGACGGAGACGAACAACUGGAAGCUGCGUUUAUUUCGGCAGCUAAAAAGAACAACUUGCUGUCACUGAAGGGACAUAGAAGUGUUGGAGGAAUAAGAGCUUCAAUCUAUAAUGCAAUUUCCUUGAAAAUGGUUGAAAAGUUAGCACAAUUUAUGAGAGAUUUUCAGAAGAGUAACUGAUGCGUGAAAUUCAAGUUCAACUGUCAAGCUUAAGCUUAAAUUGACUGUUUGUACUCUGAGUUUAAAAUGACUGUAAGUUUUAAAAAGUUGGAUAUUAUUGAAACUUUUUUGUAAAUGGUAAUUGAUAAAUCAAGGUAAUUCAUAUA